UAUUUAACAAGGAAUAGAAUAUAUGUUACGAGAAGGAAGUAGACUAGGUACGCGAGGGAAGAUGACCAGGAACUCAAGGAAACCCAAAAAUGUCACGUUUGGGACACCGUCGGUUCGUUGGGGGUCCCGGGUAUGUUCUUGAACCCGCAAAAGAUGCAGUACUACAGUUUCUUUGAUCCAAUGCUGGCGCCGAACGUUCGACAUGCAUUCCAUGCGAUUUCGUUAGGUGAAGAUCGAAAAGAUUUCUUACCUACGAUUUGGAGUUUACCAAAAGCAGAAUUACCCGCUGAUGCAGAAAUGCGAAAAGGGCAAGAAUUAAAACAAGUUUGGUUUCAAGGUUCACAUUCUGAUGUUGGUGGUGGACAUCCUUGGCAUGGUUUAAGUGAUAUCACGUUUGCAUGGAUGAUUUCUCAAUUGGUUGAUAGACCAAACGGAGAAGCUCCUUUGUUGAACAUCGAUAUUAAUUUAGCACGUUCUUUGCAGGAUUUCAGACUACCAUGGGCAAAACAACCUGAACAUCCAUCAAGAACUGCAAUCAUGUUACAAGAGACGAGAAAUUUCAAGGGAUGGAGUAUUCCGAAGAAGUUAACCAAGACGGCAGUUUGGCGUAACACACUUGAUCAAAGUAACACACAUGAAUACAUUCAUCAUAGUGUCAUCGAGGGGCAACAGUACGAUCCCAAAACAUCUCCUCAAUUUGAUCUUAUUCGGAAAUGUCACCCAAAUCUUUUGGACGAGCUGUGGGCCCAAGCGUCAGAUCCUGAAUCGUUAGGAAAGACGGAAAAAGCAAUGCGUUGGAGUCUGGAAGAAAGUGAAAGAGCACGAUCACAACCAAUCAGUCAAACGCCUUUAUUCAAGCCAAGAGGAGGAUCAUCUGAAGAUGAUAAUGUUCCUCUUGAUGAUCCUGAAUUACCACCUUCUAAACCUGAAGGAUUUCCGCCUGUCGUCUGGAAAGCUUUCGUAAGAGCCGCAUAUGCUCCGGUUUUAGCAACCUCUUAUUUGGUCAACUGGAAACGUCCGAUUCUAGAACAUUCAUCUGUUCCACAGCGCAAUCUUCGUCCGCCAAAGUUAUUGACAUUAAUCCAGAAGCUGGAUCAUGAUCCUCAAGAAGCCUCCCAACCGUUACCGUCUUUGGGCAAUGUUGAGAAAUGAUGACAGAAAUCUAAUUCACACCCUCCCGCUCAAUAGAUGAUACCUCUAUUUAACCCUUGAUCUUGAGAGAAAUCGUAUGAAUUAAUAAAUGAAAAGUGAAAUGAAAGAAAGAUGAGAUAUGAAGCAGAAAAGAGCAUUAGAUAUCCACCAUUUUUGUUUUACGUCCUCUCCCAGUUACGACUUGAUCUUUGGUAAUUGUGCAAUGAAGUGAUUUAGGCUAUCAGGUCUUGUGAAU